AGUGUCGGCACUUACUACCAGUGCACAUUAUACCGUGUGUCGGCAUGUGUCGGUUCUUUAUUCUAUAUGGUCGCACUUCUAUCGAGGCGCCUCUAGCGGCGAUACUCUGCUCUGCUGAAGUCGGCGCGCGUUCCCGACGAGCAGCGCGCGUCUCGCAAUCGGCGCGUUUAGGCAACUGUGAGGAGCGAAGGAGUGAAAUCUGUCGGGAAAGUUGACGCGCUCGCCAUGUAAUGUGGUUCAGUGGUAACGCUGCUGCGCGAAUGUUUGUCAAUACGACAACAUGCGCCCGCUGAGAACAACAUGAAGUUUUUGCGGCUGCGCUGCGCCUGUUCAUUGCUGGCAUGCGGCUACCUCAUCGUCGGCGCCAGGCCUUCCGCAGCUGCCGGCCUUGGAAGCAAGAAUGGAGGCCGCCCCUGGCUCCAGGGGCUCCAAGUUGACAGCGGCACCUUGUCCUCGACAAUGCUCGAGGGACUCUUGGCACCUGAGCACACGGAGAAUGUGCCUGUUACGAUGCCCGACCACAAGGGUGACGAUUCGGACACACUGCUGGCUGGGGCUCAGAGAGAUGUUCGGCCGACACCCCCCUGGGAUACACCAGCUGGAGCCCACCCGUCGGCACGAACGGCUUGGCUCCUCGCCCUGGGCCUGGCAGCCGUGCUGCUGUUGCUUUUUGCUGGACUCUGUCCUCUCCUUUGGUGGCUCCAGCGUGGCAGUCAGGCCAAGUCUCCAGGGCUCUUCUUCCAGCCCCUGGAGCCACUGCCAACGCACUGCUCGCCCCCUGAGCAUGUUGUCUGCCAGCCACUGCCAGAGCCAAAGCUUGUCGCUGCUGAGCAGGCAAGGCCCAGCAUUGAAAGACGGGUGGCGCCGGUUUCCAUCGAACACGAGGCGCCCUCUGUUGUUAACCACACGGCACCCAUUGACAUCAGCUGUCCUGACCGGAGACCAGGCUUGAGGCCACUUUCUGGGGUAGAGGCCACUGAAAUUGUGCCUUCAAAGGGGGGCUUUGAGGAUGACUUUGCGGAAAACACAGCUGUGUUGGCGCUGUGCACAGCGAGGACUGCAUCCAGUGCCCCUGCUACUGCACCGGUGACAGUUGCAAAUACUGCACUGUGGAGCAGCUCGCUCUCCGAGACAGACUCGGACCAGGGCCUGAGCCCAACACGUAGUCCCCUGCGACGCAAAACACGGCGCCUUCUUGAGAGGCGUGGGUCAAAUGCUUCCCUGACACUGGAUCUCAACAAGGCAAGUCAGAAUGGCCGGAUCAGCCCAAAUGGUGGGAAAGACAGGUGCCAGGACCCAUAUUUGCGGCGAGCAAGUCGACGUUUGACACGUGCCCAACUACAAGCCUGCCUCUCCAAUGUGGCAGCCCUGCACUCAGAGUUCUGGGACAUCCCGAUGAAUCACCCUGAGAGAGCUGAAAUAGCUGGCUGUGGGGCCAAGAACCGAUACAGGAGCAUAUUGCCAAAUGAACACAGUCGGGUGCGACUGCGGCGUGGUGUGGAGGAGGAGGAGGAGUACAUCAAUGCCAACUACCUGAGUGGCUACGGAGGCAAACCUCACGCCUACAUCGCCACCCAGGGACCCCUGGCCCACACAGUGGCCGACUUCUGGGCCAUGGUGUGGCAGGAGCGAGCCCCGGCCAUCGUCAUGAUCACCAACCUGGUCGAGGACGCCAAGGUGAAGUGCGAGCGGUACCUGCCAGAAGUGCGGAGCACGUACGGUCCCUUCACGGUGGAGGUGGUUCGGACAUUGGCACGUGACGGCUACACGCUGCGUGAACUGACGCUGCAGAAGAGUGGGGAGGACCGGGUGCGGCAGGUGCAGCACCUGUGGUACACAGCAUGGCCCGACCAUCGGGCACCUGCCUCACCCAACCAGCUGCUCUCAUUGGCUCUCGAGGUGGAGCAGCUGCAGGCACGUUGUCCGGGACCCAUCGUCGUUCACUGCAGUGCUGGCAUUGGUCGCACUGGCUGCUUUGUGGCCAGCAGCAUUGGCAUCCGACAGCUGCGAGAGGAGAACAGUGUCGAUGUAUUGGCCACUGUGUGUGCUCUUCGUAGAGACAGAGGCGGCAUGGUGCAGACGGCCGAGCAGUACGAGUUUGUCCACCGGACACUCUGCCUCUUUGAGCGCGAGCUGCCUCACAGUGAUGCCCGUUGAGGCGCUCUUUGGCAGGUACAGGGAUUGGUUGGAAUUGCGAUGAGUUGCCAGUUUAUGGCACAUGGCACAACAAGAACAAGCGGGGAAGACACACUGCCGUCAGCGAUGGAAGGCAUGAGUGAAAGACAUUGGUCGCUCUCGUCUGGCAACUCGUGCGUCAUCUUCUUAUCAGUGUGAUGUGGAGAUCCCGUUCGGCGGGCAGAAGUGCAAUGUCUUGGAGGCUUUAUUGUGAAGCCCAGCUUGCAGUAAACCCAUGCCCGCCAAUGAGGCUUUUGGACAUUCUCUUGCUCCCUUGGGGCGUCACUGCAUCAUGCACUCGGCUCUUGUCGAAUGCGCCUUUUAGCCACUUCAGCCACAUCCCUCAUUAUGCCUUUGCUUUUUAUUUCUCGCAAGUGUGUGUAUCUGCUUUCUCUCUUAUCGAAUGUGUGAAACUGUGGGCACAAAAAACUUUUCUGGCUGUGCUGGUGUCAUAAGCGUGGUGGUAUAGUGGUGUGCAAAGGGCACAAGUGAUAUUCAGGGUGAUGUAAUGGGGCGUAACUGUUAACGAUUGUGGCUGACCUCGCCAUUUGGGUGCCAGAAGUCACUAGGGCCAAUCAGUGCUGGCAAGAUGUGCAUGCUUCAUCAUAGUUAACUGUUCAUCAGUUGUUACUGGCACGUUGUUCAGUGUGUGGCUAUUUGUGUUGCCAGAGUACAUUCACACCACUGUUGUUCAAAGUGAACAAUGCAUAAUCCCAAGAGACAGGAAAAGAAAGUGCAACAAGCAUUGACAUGCAAUCAUUUCGUGUUUAAGGAACAGCAAUUACGGUUCAACCUCCAUAUAUAUCAGACAUGAAUAUAAAGAUUGUCAAAUUUAACAAAGUAAAGAAUUUUUUGUUUGAACGAUAUUAGUAUGUAUACUUAUAAUGCAUGUCAGAUAAAAUGAAAAUAUUUUCAUGUCAUAUGCUACUUCAUUAUAAAGAGGUUUGACAUUCAGGAGCUUGCACACCUGUGCAAUGACCUGCAUGCAAACAAGUCAGAGUGGGAACAGCAGUGGGAGAUAAAAAUGAGACUGAAAAGCAUGGGCUUAACGAAUGGCCAGCAAGGUACAUUGUCAUGUGGGGAGUUCGCUCUUCUCAUUUUUCCCCUUGCAGUUUUGCAUUGUUCCUGUUUCUUGGAAGUUGUGCAUCAACCUGUCCAGUUACCGAUUUUACCGCUCUUGUUGUCAACAGUAUUACCCAGUGCCCGGAAGGGGCAGCCUCUCUGCAAUUCUUUGGAAAUGCUUAUGCAAGCAAACUCUGCUGGCAAAAAAUAUGGAGGGAGACGGAGCACUAUAUCUGGUCAAGUCAUUUUAGCUCGCGCACAAAAGAAAAAAAUUCCCAUCGGCUGUCUUUUGUUCCAGCAGCGGUUCAGCUCUGGGUGAAACUGUCAUGUUUUAGUUUUCACUGUUCUGGUUUGAAGAUACGAGGUCCCAUUUCAUACUGGUUAGCCUUUGGUUAUGCUUUGCAAAAUAAUGAGCUCUAGCUCGAGUUUCAAGUGAUUCACUUUACACCAAGCGUAUCCUGCUGAAGAAAUGCAUUUCAACGUGUCGAAGCGUAUUCUUGGUUUAAAUGAAACACCUACUUGCUCACACAAAAGUUCUACAUAGCUUAUGACAGGGUUGAUGUUUGGAUAUGUAUAUAUACAUGUUCUUUUUAAUGUUCCUGUUUGGCUCAUAAAGAAUAAUUACACAGUUUGUCCAAAUAUUUUUGAGACAUGUUUCAUUUCCGUGGCACAUUUUUCUGCUGUUGCUGAAUGGUGACUGGUGCAUGUACAUUAGCCUGCAAGCUCACAAGGCAAUAUGUGCUGCCUAAUUAGCACAAGUGUAUAAUUUUUACUUGAACCCACCACCAGGAAGCAUCCCGUGAGUUGUUUAUGAGCAUCACCUUUGCAGGAAACACCUUGCAGUAUUGUUUAUUAGGCUCAUUGAAUGAUCUUUUGGCCAGCUCUUUAAUGAAACAGUUAAAGAAGAAUGUCACAUCACUGCGUGUUGUCAAAUGCAAUUAUCAAAAGCACAAGUUAUAAAAGCUUGUGGUGUUGUUUUGUAAUAUCAGGUGCUUCACCAGUGACUCUCUCCGAUAUUUAAAAAGGGUGGGUUUGAUUCAAAGUGAAAAUUUUGCUGGCCAAGAGUUAGCAUUGGCAAAAGGCAGAAUUUCUGGGAUAAUUAUUAGUGGACUUGCUAAUUAACUUAAUUUUGCUAAUGAAGUUUGCAGAAUUGACAUUGCUGUAAAUAACCAUUUGCACGAAAUUGUGCCUAAUACAGUUUUUGGUCAUUACAAUGCAUUUCCAAUGCAGAGACUUGGUAAAUGAAGCAAAAGUGCGUUUCAUUGCACCAUCGAAGUCUGCGUUUCACAAGACAAUGUUUCCAGUAAAUGGCUGGGCUUUGUGUACUGUUCAAAGUCAGUUCUGUGAUUACAAAGGGCUCCUAAAUUUGUUCGCUAAAUUGUUAAAGAAUGAAAAUUGUUUUAUUAAUACUUGCAUCUGCAAAUCCUAAUGUCUGCCAUUGUUGUGUAUCGUGGUCAGCAGAAAUUGUGAUUCUGUCUUGAAUUUCUAAUAACUGGAGAGUUGCACUGAGACACCUAGAAUUUUGACUGUUAUUAUGGACAAGCAAGAAAUCAGUGUUACAGGAUUACUCGAAAAUAUUGAGAGAAGCCAUUCAUUUUUUUUUUCCACAUUUUGAAUACAGCAGUAUUUCCUUUUUCUCUUUCCUUUGUAUGAGCUUUGUUUGAAGUACAUGUGCGCCUUGUGCGAUAGUGAAACCUUCUGCACCUAAAAAGAAUUCAGAUUUGGCAGGCUGCAUCAGCACCAAGACAUACACGUACCUGUGCUGAAAUGCUGGCAUGACAUUGUUGUUAUUGCUAAACUGUUGCUUCUGUGAAACAAAAGUUGCAUGUCUUUAACACUGAUUAUUCUCACCGCCACUUCAUCACAGUUUGUCAGUCAUUGACCUUCUUACUCAUUCCUAUCACAUCUGUUGCGCACAGCUAGCCUUUCUCUUUCUUUGUCCGACAUAAUGCUAGCGAUGAAGUACCAUGUUAUAAUUUUCAUUCCUAGAUUUCGUAGAACCAGCACAAUCUUUCUCACGAACAGUACUGCCCAACUUUUAUCUCUUUUUUUUUUGAAAUCUUUAACUAUGUUAUCACAUGGUUUUGUUGCACAUACCGUUUUGAAACUGUUUUCUGUUUGCUUGGAUUUCUUUCAAUGUUUAUUGGUUUUUGAGCGGGUGCAUUCUGGCCAGAGCUAUCACACACCGGUCAGGUGCAAGGCACACACAGUGUGGUCCACACUGUGAAAGAGAGUGCAUGAAUGCUGGAAGUGAACGUCCCUUUGUAGAGCUUGGCCUUGAAGCAGACGGCUUGCACAAGGUGUCACUGUUUCCCUUAUGCAGUGGAUAAACAUGGGGGUUGUAUUCUGGCCCGAUUACUUUUGGUGAUAUCACUGAGCAGACUUGGCUGGUGAGCAGAGUUUUCAUUAUUCCAGGGAUGCCUUGCCUUAGGCACUAAGCUAUGCAAAUGUGAAAGCAUGCCCAAAAGUUAUUGAUGGCGAAUAUAGCCCUUGUUUCAUCGCCACGCAUAGCAGAGAUGCCCCCAAAGUGUCUGCAACCAACACGUCUUAAAAGGGUGUGAACGUUUACCAUAGGGAUCUGGAAAAUGGACACUUGCAACAAAAGCGCAGCCUCAACUAGCAUUUCAGCAAAAUGACUUUUUGUUUACAUGAUUGGCGAGGUUUAUAUUGUCUUAUUUAAAAUCUGCUAAGGAAUUGACUCCACUGGCAGUAGUGACCUGCGUUUUCAUUCCAACUUUAAGUGAACAUAUUGCAUUUAAUGGUGCAUUGUUCAUAUUGUGCAGCACAACCACUCAUUUUGGUCAACACCAUUUGGUAAACCCCCUCGGCAUCUUUGCUUGCAUCGUUUGUCCAGAGAAAAUAAAUUGUCGCAGAAGUGAGCCGCUGUAGAGAACUGGGCUGGUUGUGCCACUCAGUCUGGAAAAAUCAGGCAAACAAAUGCCAAGGUUUUCAUUGAACAAUGCAGAACUAAAAAUGCAAGCUUCUUGAUAAAUUUCAGCAAAAACAAAGUGGCAGUAAGCAAACAUUCUUUAUGUUGCUAGUAUAAAAAUACAGGUCACUGCAUGUUUUAGCUCUGACCAAGGUUUAAUUAGGAAUAUGAACUCGGUUAUAAGCAUAGCUGCAGUGGCCUUGACAGAGGCAGUUCACAACCAUAUUUUGUUGUCAAACUAGACACUCCUGUCUUGCUCGCCUUCAGUUCUUGAACAGAAUAUUUACAGCUGCAAAAAGAAUAACUUUGAGCAUGUCCCUGCUUAAAGGCCUUUGAUGGAUGCCCCGACUCACAUCUGAAGUUCAGAAGCUGCAGGGUUGGCCAAGUUCUGCUGUGGUUUUCAUGUCCACUUCCUGGUUAUAUUGUCUUGCAUUGACUGAACAUAUUUAUUGUUUUGACAUUUGUGUGCAAGUUCUUUUUUUUUUACCUGCAUUUCUUUGUUGGCACAAUCACUUGGUUGUAAGCUCCCAUUUUGCAUGCAAGGCAAAAUGUGAAUGCAUCAAAAUGGCCAUGAAUCGUGCACAUGCACAUAUUGACAUGAUCAUUGUCAUCAGUUUGGUAUGAAAGAGAUUACUGUUCAUUUUGGUGAGCUGUUAUGUAUGCUGUUGCCAGGGUCGAACUUUAAGACACAUUCUCAGGUUUGUGCCCAGAAUCUGGCUCUAGUUUAUUUAUAGAGUUUUAUGCAGGGAAGUGCAGUUUUUGCUUGUCGAUUUCAAUUUUAAAUAUUUGAUUCUGUGCUCUGUUUUGCAUAUUAACACAUACUCUUUCUUUUAUAGAGGGCAGCCAUUUUAUAUUUAUGUAUGGUACUGAUUUACAAGUGAUUUAUUGGCAUUUAUUUUCAUAUCAGUAUAACUUAUCACAACAAAGGAAGUAACAGGGUUGGCUUAGUGAAGAUGCUAGAAUAGAAAGCAGGGUAGGAGAUAAAAAAUAGUCUUCAAGUAGAAACUAGUUUUGAAAACUUUACCUUUCAUCAGUUGCUGUGCUUCAUUUUGAAUGUCCUUGUUUCACACAGGUAAUGCUACGUCCACUUGUUACCUAGUAUGCAUAGACACAGCAUUAAAACAAAAUUCUCUCAGGUCUUAUCAAUGUUCAUACUUGUACUGUCAGCUUUACUAAGGUUCAGCUCGUGCAUUGCUGACCAGUCCUUUAUGAUGCACACAUAUUAGAAAUGUAUGGCCAGUUAGAAUUUGUGCUCUCCCCCCCCCCCCCUUUUUUUUUUCUUUUUCUGCUUCUGAUCAGUAAACUGUCCAAUGAGUCAACAAGAGGACAGCUCUUGUCCCGCAUUUUUUUUGCCAUUUGGCACACAAUGCUGUGCCUGUGAGCUGUGCACAUUUCACUUUAGUAAACUGCUGAAGCACAUCUUCAUAAAAACAGAGCGAGUGUUUUUCUAGCCAAUCAAGCACCCAUACAAAUCUUGUUCACCAUCCCACUCUCCGCUUCAAAUGUACUUCUUUCAAUGCUUGAUGGGGCUUGUUCCAUGUACGAGCAUUUUUCAUUAGUCCUGUUGUGCGCCUAAGGCUUUUCUGUAUUCUUCCUUGUAAGUAUUUUGUGCCUAUUUCGGCAUGUGCAUUGCACCAAGCAAAAACUGCCUCCCAAGGGACAUCAGCAAUGGACGUUCUCACUCUGUGGUGGCCUACAAGUGAGCGGACUUGUGUGCCUGAAAUGGAUUAACAUUUUGAGUGAGUGAUGCAUGUUUUUCCAAACUUGCAUCAGAAGAGCCUUGGUGCUUCAUUGUGAAAUGCCUGAAGAAAAAAAGCUGCUUCUGUUUAGAUGUUACGUGGUUCCGAUGAGAGCAUUGCCUCAAUUGAUGUCAUUAUGUUGGAGAGUGAAAUGGGUAAAAUUUUACCCAUAUGCCCGAAAUGUUAUUCAUAUGCCAGAGUUUACUGUUAUGCAAUCAUUGUAAAACAACAGAAACUCUCUUAUCUUCUAGCACAUUGUGUAGUAGCUGUAUUAAAGAGAUGUAUAGUAGUUCCAUGAAUGUGGUUACAUUUUUUUACAUUUGUGCAUAGUGGCCAGUCUUAAACCCUUUGAGAAGCCUGUUUGUAAGCACAACUAACAUCCAAACAACUCUAUUUCGUGAGCUCUGUGCAGUGAAAAUUGCAGGUUGUAUCAACCAGCAGUGUUUUAUCACUAAUCAUCCAGCUUGUAAAGCUAGUUGAAUGGAAUAAUUACAAGUGGAUUAAGGACACGUGAUCGCCAAGCUCUCCUUUUCACCUGAUGCAAGCAGUUUGUUUUAACUCUUGCUCACCUGAUGUGAACCGUAUCCAAACAUGGUGAACAGCGCACCUGACAUGGCAGAAGAAAUGUGAGCAGGACAUUGGAUCUGUCCUGUUCUUUCUUGCACGGAAAACGACUAACCCCAGCUGUAAACUAUUAUGGGAACUUUAGCGUUCACUUUACCGCAUGGAGGAGACGCGAUAGUAUUUGCACAUACCACCUCUGUAAUUCAGGCAAAUUUAGUGUUACACUGGGUUAGGCCGCUUGGUGUGGCUGUCAUUUAGAUGCUGUCGCAUGAGAAAAGGCAGCCCCAACCUCUACCGGGUGCACUAAAGAUGAGUGCAUAUGGUGAAACCACUUCACUUGGCCCGGCUCCACUAAGGUGUACAUAGUCUGGACAGUCGAAGUUCUGAGAGUAACAAACAAAAGCUGCAAAGAAUGAGCAGCCUGAUAUUUUGGCACAAGUAUUGUAGUCCCACUUAACAUGUUCAAUGUCUGUGAAUGCUUCCAUCGUCGUAUCAUUCUCCUGAUUUGCAGUGGUGCCACUGCUCAUGCAGUUUGUAUCAGCACCUUUUAAGAUGGGCUUUUCAUUCUGAAAAACCACAUUAAUGGCCCCUUUAUAACAAGCUAAUAAUCAUUUAAGUUGCUUUUCCUGCCACCCAGUCAUCGCUACUCUGAAUGCUGUAUGACAUAUUGUGUUGCUGUGCAGCACUUGACCAUUAUAUGUGCUCGCAGUGGCAAGUAAUUUCCAGUCUGACUGGAGUCACCGCAUGACUGGUGGUUACAAAGAAGUGGGUGAGACUGGCCGUCUCUGUCUCGGUUCUUCAUUUUUUUUCUAAUCAUUCAUUCAUUUUUAAACUCAACCAAUGCCAUGCUGUUUAAGUGUCCAUAACUGAAUGUUGGUUCAGAUAGUUUCCCAGUGUUGUCAAAAUGUUCUGCUUAGGAGCUUGUUUUCUUUCUGCCACUUCCAUUUAUUUGCAUUUUAAUCUUGUGUGUGUGUCAUUUGUAUCCAUGAAAGUGUGAUAAUAUCGAGUGUCUUGGGUAGAUUACCUUCGCCGAUUGACAAAAACAGACACCUGCAUUUUAAACUGUUCAUAUUGUGUGACUGGGAUACAAAGACAAAGGCUCGACUGGAAGCACACAUUGAGUUUGAUGCAUUUGCAGUGUUGUAGAAUGAAUGAUGUGCCAGCUCAUUGAUGCGAGCAUGUUCAGAACUUUCCAGGGGCUGUCAUUUGCCACCUCACGUAAUGCAUGAAGAAAGAAAGCUCGCACUGUAUUGAACCCGAUUGUUGACAUUGUCAUUGAAACAUUCUGUCGCAGAUCCCGAGAGGGAAUUUUUGGAGCCUUUGGAAUCGCGUGUGAUGUGACAUGUGCGUGUGAAAUUUUUGCAGUUACAUCUCUUGCUGAACAUUUGUUUCAAAACCUUCCGAGUACAAAAGAAAUCUCUGUUAUCGAAACAAAGAGGUUUAAGAGACGCUGUUUUAUCAAUAUCCCUGAUGGUCCUGGUUGUAUAACCUUCCCACAGUCUGUUCAAGUGCAUGGCUAAACUCUUCAGAAGGUAGUGUUGAACUGAGAUGCUGAACGUUCUAGCUGCAGCAAACACCUUUUUCCCUCUCUAGUAUGAAUGAUGCACUGGCAGCUUGGCUUUAAAAUUGUAGGAACCAAAAAUUUCACACUGUUCGGCUACACUGAAGGCCAAGCUUGGUUGGUGGAUUACACUUCUGCAAAUGUUAACACACCAGUGUUAUGUGAAUGGAUGCGUAAUUUUUCAUAAGUUCCCAGACAGGCUGCUUCAUAGAUUUUGGCAGCAUCUGCUUGAGGGUUGUUAACUAUUCAUUAUCAAAAAGAUUUUACAUUGUAUAGAAAAUUAAAGAAAAGUAAAUGGGGCACCUUUUGUGGGCUCCUCUUGCAUAGGAAUCGAAAUGCACAUUUUGAAUGUGAUGUCACAAAUACAGCAGUAUGGACGCAGGAAAGCUUACCCCUUUAUUUUUUGCUAAUAAGCAAUCUUUUUAUGCAAAUAAAUGCACAGACAUAAAAAGAAUAAAGUAACCUUCGAGUCUUGUUUAAUCAAUAUCACUAUAUGGUUGCACUUGUGUUUUGUGUUAGCCUAACCACAAACUGAACAGCAGUUGAUAGUGUGGUUAGCAGUGCUUUUAAUUGACAGGACAAGUAACAUUUCAAUUUCAAAUUUCUAGUAAAGUGCAAUCAAUGAUACUACAUUUUCCUGCGUUGACCUUCAAUUAUAGAUCUGUAGUACAAUCAUUAUUAGGAAGAUUCAUAGCAUCUGUGCAAGUGUCGCCUUCAGUGAUACUUUAUUGUUAUUUCCUUUUGAGAGAAUGCACUUUCUUUGUUCAAGUAUAACUUUCCUCAUCAUAGCUCAGCUUGAACAUUUUUUGUCUCUACUGCUGAGGAUGAGGUCUGCAAGCCCGACUUUUGGACGCAUUCCGGUGGUGCACAGAAUGGUCACGUGCAGUUGCACUCGGUAAGAGUGGCAACACGUUGCCCGUGGUCGAAAGGGCUCGAAGACUGCACAGCGGCAUCAACAUACAAAGAAUUGGUUUACUACAUAACAGUAAUUGGAAUGGUGUCCAGUUCUCCAAUCUUUUCGUACAUUGCCACAACCAUGCAGUCUAAAUUAAUUCUCUUUUGCCCACAGAAUGCAUUUAAAAAUUUGUCAUUUCAAGAAAAUAUAUAGUAAAUUUUAUACAUACUUCCAUAUACUUUUUCAAGAUAGCUGAAUUUAAUAAAAACAAAUGAAAGAAAGCAGUCAUGGGUUGGUUCUCAACGUUGAUGACAAUGCUAGGAUGCACUAGCCUUGAGGCUGCUCUCCUCAUUUUUGGACAACAGUUGUGGGUGUAAAUGAGCACUCCAGUUAUGGUUGCAUGAAUUCAGUCAUGUAAGAACUCGCACACAAGACUGUGCCAAACUAGCAUUCCUUGAAUUGAAAGAUCCUGGUGAACUAGGUGAAAGCACUCAGCCCAAGUCAGCUUAAAACUAGUGUUACCGAUUGCCUUGAAAAAAUUUUAUAUACAAGAGGCUCAACUCCAUAUAGAGCCCUCAGUUGAUACGGCAAUAGUUGCAUGUAGGAAAAAAAUGUUGAUUGUUUUUGUUUAAUGAGCAACCAUGUUUUAAAUAAAUGUUUUUUAUUUCUGCUGCUGGAGCGGUUGGUAACAUCAGCAGUUGAGCACCAAUUGCCCUUGAAAUUUACAACUCAAUCACUCCCAUAUUUAACAACACUUUGACAACACAUGAAGUUGCAUGGUCAUUGUAUUCAUAUAAACACAGAUGUCUUUCAUUUCAUGCUGCAGUUACAGUUACAAUAGUUGGUUAGAAUCGCAGAAAGCUGAGCAAGUGGUACACGAAGGCAGCUUUACAAAACAUACGGAAUUACUUCCUUUUGUAGAUGUUUUGUACACUUCAUACCAUGAAUAAGUCACUGAGAUUAAGUCAUGUGUUGCACAUACACAUGAGCUUUACCUGAGGCAACACUCAUCUGGCAAGUAUGUUUAUUUUGUUUAACUUUGCAUGUGUGUGCCUUAUUUGCCUGUGAGGGACAUAGCAAGUCGCAAGGAUGGCCAGAAUAGGAUUAACAAGCACGACGAUGGGUUGCAAUUUGUUGCAAUAUCAUGACAGGACAGGUUGAUUGGUUGAAAUUUAACUCGAGUUCUGUAAAGAGGCACUAAACAGCAGCACUAAAUUUGUUUAGUUUUGCAAGAUAUUCUGAAGAAAGGUUGGUUAACAGUGGAAAGAAUGAGGGGCAGUUUUACUUUUUUUUAAUUUCGUGCCCAAACUGUGCCACCAGUAUGUUUGUGCGAUGUUGCGUAUUUGAAAUGAUUUGUACAUUUUAUGGCUGCUGUUAUCCAGAAAAAGUUAACAAAACUCGUGUAAGUCGGUUCUUCAGUACCUUCAGAAUGCAGUUUACUCCUUCUUGGUCGUUUAACUGGUAACUAUUUAUCAGCAGGUGUUUUCAGAAUUCAUAAUGUCUGGAGCAGUUAAUGUGGGAACUUCAGGUGACAUGCUUCUCCCUUGUUUUGAGUCUCUUCUAACUUUACCAGACUCUGUUCAUGGUGAGAGUCUGGAAUUGCAGAAGUGCAUUUCACUAGUCAAGCCUAACAUUUAUUUUUAGUGUCCCUGUGAGGUGCUACAGUAGACAUGAACACACUGACUAAUCUCCAGUGUAAAGGUGUGAACGGACAAGAUGAGACGAAGCACUGAAAACGUUCUGCUGUCGCAUCCUUGCACUGGAAAUUAGUGUAGUGCUACGUUGAACCAAUUAGCCCAUUCUGACAGCCACAUGACAAGCAUAUAAUCUGCAACUGGAACUUAUUUUCACUUUAUGUGCAAGCACUUCUGGUCUGUGUGUAUGUAUGCGUGGCAUUUUUCAAUUAAAAUUUUACUUGUGAGGUAUGUAGUACUUGUCAUGUCACUGUUGAACUGAGACGGAAAGAUGAUUUGAGAAAAGGCAUGCUUACUUUGGUAGGUGCCACAAACAUGCAAGUCUUAUUGAGCAUUAUGCACCUCUUGAAGCUGCUUACACCAACAGAAGCACAACAGGUAUAUUACGUUGAAAUACUAUUCAAGUUGAUCAGUGUACAAUGGAAUGUUGACACACCUGUAUGUAGAUGUAAUUGACCUGUUAUGCACUCUGAACUGUCUGUCUGUUAAGUGCUUUGCAUUGGCACUGGGGAUGACAUUGCGACUGUGGUAAACGUAGGUUUUAUCAGUUUCUACAAACUUGUGUUGAAUCUGACAGGUUUAUCCUCUUCUAGCAAAACAUUUGCAAAACAAAUGGGCUCACGAGUCUGGUUAGACUUUGCAAGGAGGCUAUACCAAUGUAGCCUGUUAGACCAUUUGCUGGGUAGUUGUGCUAGAUCUUUUGUUUUGUGUAGGUGUAAAAUAUACAGUAAUGUUUAGGAGCAGCAGUUCAUCGUGGUAUUUGCUUGAGAGAGUUUUGUGUGUAUUGACAUGGCUUUCUGCAAUUUUGUCAUCAUAGUACGCUGUGUAGAUGCAUGUAUGUGCAUGUUUGUGUUUGGAGAGUGAGUGUGCAGGAAUGCGACUUUAUGCUAGUCAGGAGGUUGGUAAGGUACUUUUUCUCGAGAAUAACUUCCCCUUUUCCCUCAUUGUCUUAUGUUGUGGUCACCAAGGCAUUGUUGGCAAAGCACAGCAGUUUUUUGCACCAUGAAAAAGAGUUGCUCAAGGAAAUAAAAUACAAGAUGUUCAAAACA